UGGUCUCGUUUCAGUGUAUUCAUCGCAAUGUGUAGUCUACUUUACAUAUCACCUGUUGCGAUCUUUAACGGUGUUUACAAACCACUAUAAGCCUGUGUGGAAAAAGUGAAAUAUAUAGCGACGAGGAGCUCUGCUGUUGGUCAAGAUGAGACGGAACACGUUGUUCAAAUUUGGACUGUCUGUUGUGGGUUUUGUGGUGGUGUACCUGCUUUUAGCUCUUCAGAACCAAAAUGGCAGCAACACACACAUGAUUCCAAAAGUGAGGCAGGACGAUCAAACUGAACAACUGAAAAGUGACCAAUCAUACAAUGACAGACAAAGCAGUGGUCAGUCGGGAAACGGGCGUGAUGAAAAACCUUUCAAGAGUGAAGCGUGGAGAAAUGGAAUACAUCUGUCUCUGGUCGCUUGUGGAGACCGAGAGAAGGAAUCCAUUAUCCUUCUGAAGUCAGCUGUCCUCUUCACAAAAACACCAAUUGUUUUCCACAUCUUUGCUGAAUUCCAACUGCAGGAUUACUUUAAACGACAGAUUGACUUUUGGCCCGACGAGUUCAGGACAAGAGUUGAGUACCAUAUCUACAACCUGAGUUUCCCAACAGGAGACAAAUCCAAUGAGUGGAAAAAUCUCUUUAAACCUUGUGCAUCACAGCGACUUUUUAUACCUAGUCUAUUGACAGAAGUAGAUGCGUCGUUAUAUGUUGACACGGACGUCCUGUUUUUACGACCCGUGGACGAUAUCUGGGCUUUCCUACAGAAGUUCAACACUACACAGUUGGUAGCUCUGUCUCCGGAAAACGAAAAUAAACAGUCUAGCUGGUAUACUAGAUUUGCCAAACAUCCUUAUUACGGAGAAGUAGGUCAUUAUCUUUACAGCUACCAGACAUGGUACAUCAGUAGAGGGAUACCUGUAGAGAUAGGUAGUACUGGUACAGGUGGUUCCUUUGUCUUCCCUUACAUCACACUGGGAUAGGAGGAAUAAGGGGACAGUGCAUUUUAUACUGUUGGUUUAACGGAUGCUUGGUCUAUAUUUACAUCACAUAUUGAAUUUGUUACAUGUCAUUGGUAAACCAAAUUGUAGUAUACGAGACAGUAUACUACUAUUAUACAGCUGUUGUGUCUCAUACGGCCGUAAGGAAAUGAGUGCUUACCGUUAAUGGGUCCCUGUCUCUAGAAUAGUCUAGUCUUUUUACGACACUUCAUAUCUUCUUGAGGGGCCGCGGUGGCCGAGUGGUUAAGGU